GUUCCGUUUAUAAGCUCGAAAUCACAAAUCCUGUCUAUGUUUUUAAUUUUAUGUGAACAGUGGAGUUUGAUUUCUUCCUCAUGAAAAAAUUGUUAUUUCCAUUCACACGAAGUGAAAUAUAACUCAAUGAUACAGACAUUAAAGUUAUAGAUUUUAUUACAUUGAAUCAAAAUAAUAAUAGGCAGUUUUCAUUGUGUUUGUGAUCAUCUUGAUAAAAAAUGAAAAGAGUUACGAUAGCCAUCUGGGACAGCAGUUGGUGAAUAAUGUGAUUCAAUAAAUGAAAUUUCACAAUCUUUAAUAAUAAGGAGCAAACAUCUCAGGAUGGGUGAUUGCUGCUGCAAGAGCCGGGCUCCGGACGUCUUUGUGUAUGCAGCGCCCUCCUCAGCACAUAGUUCAACACAUUCUGAACAUCGGCAGAGGACAGCCAAAGUAGACGCUCAUGUUGUGGAUCAGCUGGUGCUGGAAAUGCUAAAAAUAGCAGCUUCCAGAGUGGACAAUGAUGAAGAUUCUCCGGUAUCGCUCGUGAAGCUGCACCUCAUAGCUGACAAAGAAGAAGGAUGGAUUCAGAUGAUAUCAUCGAUGGUGCACGUCAUCCCCAUCGAGAAUCCCUUCGGGCCAACCGCCAUCUCAAUACUGCUCGAUGCAUGUCCCCUGCCCUCCAAAGAGGCUGUAGUUAAAUUGACGGAGAUUUUCAAUUUAUCGACUGAGAGGGCACGGCUGGAGACUCCGAAUAUAAGGGUUGAUCGCAACAUAUGCGUCGUGAUCGGCUGCCUUGCCGAAAAGCUGGUUGGGCCUAAUAGCAUUGCUAUGCUCACGCAUAAAGCUCUAGACUACCUGUACACCUACAUUGUCGACUUUCGGAAUCCGUGCCUCUGCCUCUUCGCUAUGAUCGCUCUGGAGAAAUUAGCUCAUACAAUGGAGAACAAACUCGUCAUCAAGCACAAAUUCGCACACAAGGAUAACCCUUUGCUGCGCUUGGAGAAGUUGGCGAACGAUGAUGAUUUUAUACGGAGGCAGGUGGGCUUCGUUGCCGGUUGGACCUUGGACAACCUGUUUAUGGUCGAGGGCAGGAAGCUGUCCUAUGAAGAAGCUGACAUGACCGGCAUCAACGCCAUACUGAACUGCCAGGAUGUCAGCGAAUACCUCCAGAUCUCGCCCACUGGCCUAGAAGCUAGAUGCGACUCGUAUUCCUUCGAGAGUGUUCGAUGCACCUUCCAGGUGGACGACGGGUGUUGGUAUUACGAAGCCACUGUGGUGACAUCCGGCGUGAUGCAAAUUGGAUGGGCCACUAAGAACAGCCACUUUUUGAGCGAUUAUGCAUUGUUUCAGGAGGGCUUCGGCAUCGGUGACGAUCUCUACUCGAUAGCGUACGAUGGUUGCCGCAAGCUGGUGUGGUACAACGCCAAGCCCACGGCCAUAAACAACGUGGAGACAUGGAAACCGGGCGAUAUCCUGGGCUGCCUCAUAGACCUGGCCGCCAAGGAGGUGAUCUUCUCCAUCAAUGGGAAGCGUUUGCCGCCCUACAAUGAUAUCUUUGAUGCCACUAGAUAUGGCUUCUUCGCGGCGGCCAGCUUCAUGGCCUAUCAGCAGUGCCGAUUUAACUUCGGCAAGGACCCGUUCAAGUACCCGCCGUGCGAUCGACUCUUCGGCGCUUUCAACGAUUUCGGGAACCUCACUGAAGAAGAAAAGAUGGUGAAGCCGCGACGCCUGAUCCUGGAGCAGAUGAGGCACUCGAGCGUGAAGGAGGACUCGUGCACGCUCUGCUUCGAUGACACCGCCUGCUGCAUGCUAGAACCGUGCGGACAUAGGGGCUUCUGCUCGGUCUGCACGUCCAUGCUGCGCGAGUGCCCGAUGUGCCGCGGCCCGAUCCUCAACGUGCGCCGUGAGCAGAUCUGACACGAGGACAGCGACUUCACGCCCACCCACUGCAGCCUCGACCUCGGCGACGUCGACGACCUGGACGACAUAGAGAUCGCGAUCGACCUGGACUACUUGGCCGACGUCACCAGCGCGUCCAACACAAGCCACGACUACAAGCGCGUGCUCUCCGCCUCCAAUCACUCCUCGGAGCGGUCCUCGCUGGUCUCCGUGUCGCCGAUCGCCUCCAACGAGAACAUUCCUGCGGAUCAAUAGAUCCAUGACGAUACGCGGCGCCGCGUAACAUCGACGGCCGUUGCUACAGAGCAUGUAUAGCUCGUUUUCGAAAUUCGAAUUUCACACACAAUUUGCUUAAUUUAAAUGACCGGGACGUUGGACGAGUUUAAAAAAAAUAAACUCAUUUUCAAAAUUAGAAUUUGGAAAUUGAGGAAAUAUGCCCUAAAUACCAAGGUAACUUUUAAAUCUAUAAUUUAGACAGUCUUACACAGGACAGAGCUAUAGAGAGACAUAUUUCAUUUCUGAAGCCUGUAGUACUAGUGACGGCCUUGAAAAUGAGAUACUGUGCUAUCAGCCCCUCUGACUCCAUUUGAUCCAUACAUAAUUAGCGUAAUUUAUUAAAUUAACAUUAAUGAUAUUACAUAUAUAUGUGUUGUUGUUAAUGUUUCAACUCAAUGGACAAUACUUUAUAUAUUAGCUAUACCUUUGCUUUGUUAGUUGUGUGGAACGUUAUAAUUGGCAAAUAUUGUGGCAAAAACAUGUAAAAGCAGACCAACUUCAUUUUGGUUUACGUCAUUUUUUUUAUAUUAAUUGCUGUUAUAAAAAAACGAGCUUCGCUUUAAUUAUUAAGAAAACUGAUGAAUUCCUUAUUUGCAACGAUAUUUUCAGACGUAUAUUUAUUGUUACAUAUCCUACAUACUCUAGGUGUUAUGUGUAAUUACAGUAAUUUACAAUUAUCUUAAUGUUGUAAUGUUAAUGAUAACCGAUAAACUCUCGAGCCCUCGCCCUGAGCGGUGGCGAUUUGAAACUAUUGUUUAAUUUAUGUCACAAAGACAGCUUUAACUAUUCUAAGCAGUUUUUAAGAUCUUUUUGAUGAGUUGUAUUUGUUUACAUUUCUAUCUUACCGGUGAUUCUUUAUUUUUUUUUUACGUAAAGGAUUCUAUCCAUUACUUUUGUGAUCCCCGCAACGCUUAGAUAGUAUAAUAUAGGUAUAUUCAAGUAUUAAUAUAGUUAUUACGUGACAAAUAUAUUUGAAUGUCAUAUUUUGAUGUCUAAAUGAUGAUCGAUGUAUAAUUUUAUCUUACAGUGUAACUUUAAGAUCCUUUGGUUAUAUAUACGGUCGAUUUCAAUUUUCAAUCGGUCUGUAAUUGGUCGGUGAGUAACGUUGGGAAUUUCCGAACGAUUGGAAACUAAAACCAGGCAUUAGUCAAUGUCAGUUGAAUAUUAGAUGUCUAUUGUCUACUUAAAUAUACAAUAACGUAGUCAAAAAUUACGUUUGAUUGUUAAAUACGACUUAUUCUAUUUAUGAUUUCGUAGCAUGUUUUGUAUUUCAUGUUGUAUUGUUUUUUUUUUUUUUUUUUAAUCAUUUGUUUCGACUGAAAUUUAGUCCGAUUCAGGUGUGGGGAAGCUUUAUUGUCAAAUGGUAAAGUAACUUAAAUGUGAUGAAUGAACAAAUAAUAAGCAAGUAUUAUAUUUAAUUUUAAAUUAUGUUUAAAUUUGAAUUAUUCAUUAAUUCAAAUCGUUUGUCGAACUUAAUUUAUGACAAUAUUAUAACAAUUUUCUUUAAUGUAAUUACCUGGCUAAAGUAUUGGAAAUCCCUAAACAAAUAUUAUUUGUUUUAAAUAAUACUUUCUAUGUUUGGGUUCAACUUCUAUUCUCAGAUGACUAACGUGUAAGUCGCGUUGUCUCUUUGUAUGACAAAUAUGAAAAACUCAAUUAUAUAACAAUAAUAAAUGAAUAAUAACUUGUAGACAAACACAUAAAAACAAUUUGUUAUAACGAAGCUGACUUCGUAUAUUUAAAUAUGAGAUCUAUCUAAUUUCUCUCUUUUUGACUGUCCAUCUCUUUUCGCAGCAAAUUAAGUUAUUGUGUACAUUAAAAUACGAAUAUUCACAUAUAAAAUACAUAUUAGUAAGAUCUAUUAACAUCCUUCCGAAAUUCAUAUAAAACAUCCACUUAAAAGAAAGAGAAAUUCGUUUCUAAAUUAUAUAAAGCUGGCCUUGUGCAUAACAGCUAAGUGGUGUCUGUAGCAAUCAUGCUGACGUAACUAAACCGGUGUUUUCGACGUUAGGAGUGAGUUUUGUUUAUAUAUAUAUUUUUUUUAAAGACAGAUCGUUUCUGGCGAGGGUGAUGCUAUAUAAGGGUUACAUUAAAAAAAAACUAACAUUCAUUAUCACGCAUGAAUGAUUAGUAACCGUUUUUAAUUUAAAUAUUAUAUAUUUGAACUCGCAAGACUGUUAGAAUACCUUUACUGAUAUUUAAAAACGUACAAUACAUCCGUAUUUCACUUUUGUGAUGUGAAAUUAUUAUUUUUGUGUUUAUUAGUGAUAUUGCAAAACGACUGAACGUAAUCCAUAAUAUACUUCCUUGAUACUUGCAUUACUUAACAUAAUUUUAGCUAUAGAUUUUUUUUUUUUAAUAUCUCUACGCGGAAACGUUAAUUAUGGUGCGCUAACUACGAAGUACGCUAAAUUGUAAGUAUAAUAUUUCAAGCGAGUGUAAAUAUAUCGUAGAAUCGGGCGAAUAUUGAAAGUGUUUAGCUUCGUUACGUUCUUUUUGGAAUAUGGGAACACCUCUUACUGGCUUUAUUUCUUAAAUUAUACGUAUUGAACUUAGGUAAAAUAAUUUUUUCUUUUGAAAAAUUACUAGUCAUUUAAGUUUAGAGACGAUAGGUUUUUUUAUUAUUAUUUCAUAGAAAAGAUCGCUUUAGCUUUGUAUUCAUUGAUUUUGCUUCCAAUAUGUAAUGUUCAUUUUUCAAUAGACAAUAAUCAAAUUUCUUAUAUGAUACUGUUAAAUCUUAUUAUAUGUGUAUUAAUGUUGUGUAUUGAUAUAAUUGGUGUAAAUAGUGGAUAAUCAUUAUCUAUUGUGACUAAGCGUUAGUAUCAAUUAAUAUUCUAUAGUUUGUAUAAAUUAAAAUAUUUUUCCUAAAUUUAGCCGAAAUAUAUAUAUUGCUUCUUUAGCAUCGAAUGUGAAUAGGUGCGUACAUAUAGUAUCUUAUUCAUCUUCCUUUACUUUUAAUCGCGUUUUUUUUUUUUGAGUAAACCGUAAGUUAAAAAAAGUUACAUUUAUUUAUCUAGUAUCAAAUAUACAAUUAGUAACAAAAAAUUAUCAAUAGUUAUAGAUUCUGUCUUAUACGUAUACAAAUGUAAUAAAUUACCUCGGUCUACAAUUUACACAACGUGUAUUGAUUUCCAUAAAUUGCGUCGUAUUGUUAGCGACCGAUUCACGGGAUAUGAAAAUAGGCUAAUUUCCUGACAAUAUACUCAUUUCUGAAGAACGUCCUUGCCGGCACUCGUGUGAUUGGUGCGAAGAGAAUCGAUCCUAUCACACCCAGCCUAAACAAUAUUACGUCUAAUUAUUUAUACGGGAAAGCCUGACGUCUUUCCAGAUCUAUUUUUGUAAAAGAUAAUGCAACACCAAACAUGUAAGUGUGCAUUUGUAUUUUCAGAUAUCUGUUGGAGCAUUUAUUUUUUUCAUAGUAUUUUAUUAUAAUGUAACAUAGAAUCGGGGAAAGUCGUCGUAGGGAAUAGUUUUAGAGUACUGUAAAGAAUAAUACAUAACGCAACUUUGUAAAUGUGUAAAGCACUUCAGAAUAAAAUUAUCUAUUCUAAUAUUUAGGAUACCGAAACGGAGUCUGUCCAAUCCAGAGUUUUAUUAUUACGGCUGAUAUUUUUGCAACGAUUUUCUCUUAUGAUGAUUCAUUUGCAAUUUAUUACAGGUCUUCGUUUAGAUAUAAUGAUUUGUGGUAUUAUUGUUGAAUUGCGCUCAAUUAUUUGAUUUAUUCUGUAUGAAGUUAUAUUUUGUCUAAAUGUAAAAAUAUUUAAGUAAUCACUGUAAUUGUUGUUGGAAGUCACAAUAUAAGAAUUAUUAAAAAUAA